GACAGCAGCAAAUCGGAGAGCUCAUCCUCUGUAGGGUUUUCAUCUUGCUUCGUUUUGUUUCCUUUCAUUUCCCUAAAGAAGAUGAACCAGGAAACGACAACCCUGAUAUCCUUGAAGGAAGUGAUGAAAAGAGUAGACAACAAACUCCAAGCUCUAGACACACACUUCAAAGAACUAGACGUCACCAGGGAUAAUCUGACACGGCAAUUUGAACACCUUAGCAAGACUUUGGCAAGCCAAGCAGCCCAAGACGAGAUGUGGACAGCAGUUCUGGCCCUCGGAUUCACCUCAAUGGAACUGAAUAUUUUAUACAGCUAUGUCAUUGAGGUCCUUAUUUGCUUGCACACUCGAAUGCUUCAGAAGCUUCCAGACCUGGUGAGAACUCUUCCGACCUUAACCUCUGUCCUUAGAAGAAAAGCCAAGAACAAGCACGUUAGAAUUGUGUGGGAGUCUGUCCUGGAGGAGUACGGGCUGCAAGAGAGAGACGUCACAGCGCUCUGUACCUUCUUCAUUGCACACGGCACCAAAGCAGACCACUACGCUGCUAACGUAAGACGGAUGUACAUCAAAGAUGUUACACUCAUGGUCACCAACAUGGUAAAGAACCAAGCUCUGCAGGAUGGUUUGCUGAGAGCUGUUCAGAUCAUCGAGACAGGGACAGCAGCCCGGACCCCUGAAACUCCAAGGGCACCCUUGAAAGAGUUGAUGCCACCAGUCAAAGACUAGACUGUUUCCUUAUGACUCAGCAACCCCACUUUCAGUCAUUUGUAUUGUAAAAACAAAAAAAUGCAUAGUUUAAUUACUGUAGAC